CUUACACGGUCCUAUGAAAAGUCUUAUCCCCACUUCAUAAAGACGAAAAAGUUCUCGGAGGGAAGUCAACAACAAAUACUAAAACGGAAAUUUUUGCCCUGGAAUUUCAAAGCCAAUGCUCCAAACCAACAAACCUAGAAACAUAAACGCUUUCAAACUCUGUUGGCUACAACAGUCCGCCCUAAGAAACCUCGCGAUAUCACUCAAACUACUACUCCCAACAUGCACAGCGACUUUUGUCUGUCCGCCUAUCCCAUUGAGCCUGGAGGGCCCCAGCAUGCCUCGAGGCACGAAAGGCAGCCUGGGAGUUGUAGUUCUCCUGGACGCGUACCGCUACUGCCAGCGCGGCGGUGGCGCUUUUCUUGGUUCUGUCCAGCCUCUCUUGUAAGGUAGCUAAGACGGAGAAAGGGCGCGGAACUGGAAAGGGUGAGUCAGGCACUGGCUACACGAUAAAGGGAGGCAGCACCGCGGCGUAGGGCUGAGUUAAGUAAGUGCGGCCCCUGCUUAGUCAGGGACGCCGCGAUCUAGCGCCAGCGAGAAGAGGGCGAGGAGGAGCCAGAGCCCAGUCCUUGCACCCAUUCUCGCCUCGUAGCCCGCCGCCAUCUCCACCAUGCAGUCCCGGGAAGAAGCUCCGCGCUCUCGCCGCCUGGCCAGUCCCCGCGGCGGGAGGCGACCCAAGAGGAUUUCCAAGCCUUCUCUUUCGGCUUUUUUCACGGGCCCGGAGGAGCUGAAGGACACGGCUCAUUCUGCAGCCCUGCUGGCGCAGCUGAAGUCUUUCUACGACGCGCGGCUGUUAUGUGAUGUGACCAUCGAGGUGGUGACGCCUGGCAGCGGGCCUGGCACCGGCCGCCUUUUUUCCUGCAACCGUAACGUGCUGGCUGCCGCGUGUCCCUACUUCAAGAGCAUGUUCACAGGUGGCAUGUACGAGAGCCACCAGGCGAAUGUGACCAUGCAUGAUGUGGAUGCCGAGUCCUUUGAGGUGCUGGUCGACUACUGCUACACAGGUCGCGUGUCGCUAAGUGAGGCCAACGUGCAACGCCUUUACGCGGCCUCUGACAUGCUGCAGCUCGAGUACGUGCGGGAAGCCUGUGCCUCCUUCCUAGCCCGCCGCCUUGACCUGGCCAACUGCACCGCCAUCCUCAAGUUCGCUGAUGCCUUCGACCAUCACAAGCUGCGAUCACAGGCCCAGUCCUUCAUAGCCCACAACUUCAAGCAGCUUAGCUGGAUGGGUUCAGUUAGGGAGGAGAGUCUGGCAGAUCUGAGCUUGGCCCAGCUGCAAGCCGUCCUGUGUCUGGAUAGUCUAGACAUAGAGAGUGAGCGGACAGUGUGUCAUGUGGCGGUGCAGUGGUUAGAGACAGCUCCCAAGGAGCGGGGUCCCAACGCCGCGGAAGUCUUCAAGUGUGUCCGCUGGACACACUUCAGAGAUGAAGAUCAGGAUUACCUGGAAGGGCUGCUGACCAAGCCCAUUGUGAAAAAGCACUGUCUGGACCUUAUUGAAGGGGCCCUGCAGAUGCGAUACGGUGACAAGUUGUACAAGACUGUAGUACCAAAGCCAGAGAGCAGCAGCAGCUCUGUUGUAUCUGUAGCAGAAAAUCCACCUCAGAGACUGGGUAUGUGUGCCAAGGAGAUGGUGAUCUUCUUUGGACAUCCCAGAGAUCCCUUUCUCUGCUAUGACCCAUACUCAGGGGACAUUUACACAAUGCCAUCCCCUUUAACCAGCUUGGCUCACACUAAGACUAUCACCUCCUCAGCUGUCUGUGUCUCUCCAGACCAUGACAUCUACCUGGCUGCCCAGCCCAGGAAAGACCUCUGGGUGUAUAAACCAGCCCAGAAUAGUUGGCAGCAGCUUGCCGACCGCCUGCUGUGUCGUGAGGGCAUGGAUGUAGCCUACCUCAAUGGCUACAUCUACAUUUUGGGUGGGCGAGACCCGAUUACUGGUGUCAAAUUGAAGGAAGUGGAAUGCUACAGUGUUCAGAGAAACCAGUGGGCACUGGUGGCUCCUGUACCCCAUUCCUUCUACUCCUUUGAAUUAAUAGUGGUCCAGAACUAUCUUUAUGCUGUGAACAGUAAGCGUAUGCUGUGCUAUGACCCUAGCCACAAUAUGUGGCUGAACUGUGCUUCUCUUAAACGUAGUGACUUUCAGGAAGCCUGUGUCUUCAAUGAUGAGAUCUAUUGUAUCUGUGACAUCCCAGUCAUGAAGGUCUAUAACCCAGCCAGGGGAGAAUGGAGGCGGAUUAGUAAUAUUCCCUUGGACUCAGAGACCCACAACUACCAGAUUGUCAAUCAUGGCCAAAAGUUGCUUCUCAUCACUUCUACCACCCCUCAGUGGAAAAAAAACCGGGUGACUGUUUAUGAAUACGAUACUAGAGAAGACCAGUGGAUUAAUAUAGGUACCAUGUUAGGUCUUUUGCAGUUUGACUCUGGUUUUAUUUGCCUCUGUGCUCGUGUUUAUCCUUCCUGCCUUGAACCUGGGCAGAGUUUCAUCACUGAGGAAGAUGAUGCACGGAGUGAGUCUAGUACUGAAUGGGACUUAGAUGGAUUCAGUGAGCUGGACUCGGAGUCAGGAAGUUCAAGUUCUUUUUCUGAUGAUGAAGUCUGGGUGCAGGUAGCACCUCAGCGAAAUGCACAGGAUCAGCAGGGUUCUUUGUAAAUAUUUUGAAGCACUAAUAUGUUUUUACUUCUAUGGAAUGUAUCUUUAAAAGAUACUCUUUCCUUUUCCAAAAAAAAAAAAAAAUGUUGAUUAGGACUGCAGAUUUGGUUUAGACAGGGUUAUGUUGGAAUUAUUAAUGUAAUGUUACAAAAUUAUAACAGUCCAUGAAAUCAUCCUAUAUAAAAAUUUACUAAAAUUUGAGAUUAAAAUAGGCAAAAAAAACUAUAUAAUUGAUUAGGAUGCUUGGUGGAUUUUUCAUUGUUCAAGUAUUUGUUGCACCACUGGUUUGUUUUGGUUAGUUACUGUUUAUAUUUUAGUGAUCUACCUUAGUCUUCUGUUAACUUCAUAAUUCUAUUUAGUGCUGCAAGGAAUUUAACUUUUUAAUUUUCAUAGUAUAAAAUUGGACUAGAGGUUGUUCGUAGGGAAUUGAAUUCUACUUCAGAAUAAUGAAAGUAGUAGAUUUCCCCAGUUUUGAAUUAGCCAGUUUUAAGUAUUAUAAUUUAACAACCUUGUUAAAUAUGGUUUGGUUUUCUCCCCAAUGCAAAGAAAAAAAAUGGUUAUAUAUAUAUAUAUGUUAUAAAAUAGGGAUUUCAUUUUGAUAAUGUGCAGAAUGGUCUUAAGAGCUCACAAAAAGAAAAAAAUCAGGAUUCCACUGCUUUAAAAGAAAUUUCAUUUUUAAUUUUGGGAUAUAAAACAUAUAUUUUCUAGAAGUGACCAUUUUUCUAUCUUAAAAAAUACCCAUUCUCGUAGUGUCACCAAUUAAACACCCUUCUAAACCAAAAAAAAAGAAAAGAAAAAAAGAAAAAGUAACUUGCUUUGUAAGAUCAUAUUUUUAAUCUAUCCCUGGUACAUGCUUCAGUGAAUCAAAGAAACAGUCCUUUUGUUCACUGGACAUAUGUUUGAGUAAUGUAAAUGUUUAUCCAUUGGUCAUGCCUAGUCUUAAAAAGUUCAUAUGCUUUCCUAAAAUAUUUUGGCUGUAUGGUUUUGGUGUUCAUCUUAGAGGAUUCUUCAGCAGGAAGUGAUUUACUCUUUACUGUUCUUGUGAGGUAAUACUGGCUUUGAAAAUACAUUUAAGCUAAAAAGAGUAUUUUAUUGAGAUCAGUAGUUACUGUGUCUGUCAACUAUAAAAUCAAGUGCCAGCAGAGAACUUUAAAGCUUUAAGCUGUGUAUGGAGUUGUUUUGUGUAGCAUUGAAAUGUUCUGUUCAGUUUUGUAAGUCACUGUAUAUGAUUAUCAGCUCAAAGUAUUUUUGUAUUAAAAGUUGACAGUUAAAGACCAUAAGUGGGUGAUGGCAUUUGGGGCCAAUAGUGAAAGUAUGUUUCCUCUAAAAUAUUUCCCUAGCAGUGGUAUACUUGGUUAUUUUAUUAGGAUAUAUUUCUGUGAACCAUG